CUGGCUAUCACUCAGAAGACAAAAAUAAAAAUUAUGAAUUACUGUGUAAAAUGACUUGCAAGUCUGCAAUGAGAAUGUUAAAUGCUGAGCAUACUGCUGUGGAUGUAGUUACUCAUGCUGUAUCUCUUUUAGAGGAUUCGCCUUUAACCAAUGCGGGAAUUGGAUCGAAUUUGACAGAAUGUGGAAAUGUCGAAUGCGAUGCAAGCGUAAUGGAUGGAAUUACGUUAAAUUACGGAGCCGUCGGCGCAAUUUCCGGUUUUACCAAUCCUGUUCAAAUUGCUCAGAAAUUAUUAAUAGAACAGAAUAAAGGGCUGUUAUCUCUAGGAAGGAUUCCUCCUUGUUUCUUAGUAGCGGAAGGAGCAAAACAGUGGGCCGUUAAACAUGGUUUUACGUACGUCCAACCGGAAGUGUUACAAUCAGAGAGUGCACACAAUGCUUUCAAAAAAUACAAACGAAAACUAGAAGAAUACGAAGAGUAUAAAAAAUAUAAAUUUAAAUCUGAUAAAAUGAACGAAGGGAAUAAUGUUGGAGAAGAAAAACUCGACACGGUCGGUGCAAUUUGCAUCGACGGCAAAGGGAAUAUCGCCAGUGCCGUUUCAAGUGGCGGAAUAGCAUUAAAACACUCCGGAAGAAUUGGCCAAGCUGCUAUGUAUGGAUGUGGAUGCUGGGCACAAAAUUCCACUUCACUAGAACAACCUGCCGUUGCAGUUGCAACUUCAGGAGGUGGUGAAUAUUUAAUUAAAACUUUAUUUGCACGUGAAUGUGCAAAUUAUGUUAUUAACAAUGACAAUACUGUUACUGCAGUUCAAGAAGUAUUCAAUGAGAAAUUUAUGAAUUCACCGUUUCUCCCGAAUUCGAUACAGAAAUUAGCCGGAGUUAUUGUUUUAAAAUAUAUUCCUUCGAAUGCACAUUGCGAAUUAGUUUGGGCUCAUUCUACGAGAAGCAUGUGCAUUGGUUAUUUUUCGUCAUUCUCCAAACAACCAAAAGUAACGAUUUCUCGUUUAAGAGAUUCUUCACAACAGACGAUGAUAGAGGCUACCAGCGUAGUAAUGAAAAUGCCGUCGUCCGACGAAUUGUUGAAUGUUCGAUAUUAAUUUUAAUACUUUAAAUAAAUUUUAAUGUAUGUUUGAUUUGUAAGUGAUUAUUAAUACAUUAAGUAUGUAUUACUAUUUGUACACGUUAUUUUCUAAUUAACUGCUAAAGCAUCUUAAUAAAUAAUUGUGUAUUCCAGCAUAUGAUUUAUUUAUUAAAGAUAUAUGUUUCCAGUAGUAUCUAUAAUACAGGACUAUAAUUGUGUCAAGAUUACUGUAAUUAUUGACUUAUACUACUAGUAAUAAAGUCUCGAAAACUCGGCCUAAUGUGGACCGAAGGGUGGCAGAGUUUGUGAAAAUGCCAGGUUAUCGGGAAUGGUGGUUAAA